CUGCGAAUUUGUUUCCCCCACUUCCGCCGAACUAAACCAGCACCCCUUGACCUGGCCAUCACCAUCUCUGGCGAGCAGACCCGAAUGCGUGGAUACACAACAGAAACUCUUUCAGACGACAGAACCAACAGCACUGAGAUACCGCCUCAACCUGAAUCGGAACCCAAUUGAGCGAAAUUCGAGUUAAACUUUCAUCGACGCCGCUCAAGUGCAUGACGCGCAUUGUCGAUCCCUAGCUCUACAGUAGUCACCACCCAAAAGCGAUCUAUCUUCCGGCCCCCAAAACCCCUGGUUUUCGACCAUCACCAUCAUCAACUCGAGAUUAAAGCACAGAGAGAGAUACUCUCCACAACUCUUCACAAUGGCAUCGGCGCGGAGGACCACAACGACAAGGAGCUUGCUGAGCAUUCUCCUCCUCGCAGCACCAGCUCUCGCAAAAUACCAAAACAACUUUGACCUAUACCCAGCAGCCGCCCAACCAUGCCUCUACGCCUCCUCAGACGCAAGUAAAUGCGACGGCGACACAGUCGCAACGAUGAACAAGUGCCUCUGCAGCGACGACAAGGGCAAAUUCGUCACAAACGCAGCGACAUGUCUAGGAAAGGAAGCAAAGGAUACCCUCCGCACAGUCUACCAGUCCAUGAGCACCGCCUGCUCAGACUCCAAGACGCCGAUAUCCAUGACCGAAGACCAAUUCCUCAACCUCGGCGCGACAGGCGCGACAGCAUCGCUAUCAGUUACUUUAUCCACAUCAAAGACAGCCACGCCCACUACCAUGAUGACGACCACCACCGGCGGAGCAACCAUCACCCUCACAUCAACACCUACACCCACGACAUCGACUCCAGCACAGGAAGAUAAAGGCCUAAGCACGACCGCCAAAAUCGGCGUCGGCGUCGGCGCCGGCGCAGGGGCCAUCGCCCUUGUCUGCCUCGCCGCCUUCAUCUGGCGCAUCAAGCGAAGCCGCGACGCACACGACGAGUCCCACCGCCCGAUGCUCGGCGGCGGCAUCGGUGCCACGGGCCACAAUAACCCACAACACGGGCCCUUUACCGAAUACAGCCCACCCGCAAGCGUCGCCGGCGCCGGGACGGGUGGAUACGCCGCAUACACCGGCGCGCAAGAAUACAAGAACGAGAAUAAGCAGCAGCAAUCCGGCUGGAGGCCCGUUUCCGAGAUCACGGCUACGAGUCCCGGUGGACAGACGUGGGCGACGAAUUCCCCGCAGCCGCCGUAUGCGCAUCUUCAACCGCAGCAGGGGGCAAACUUGGGUGCUUGGGGCCACCACCCGCAAGCUGCGUACGUUGCUCCGCCGCAGGAACCUGCUCAGCAGGAGGGCGUGUUUGAGUUGGCUUCGAUACCUGUUGCUGCCCAGCCUCCUUCACAAGUGCCGCAACCGCCGCCUGGUGCGGUUGAGAUGCCGGCGACGGAGGUGCAGCCACAACCUGCGCGGUACCAGUAUCCUUCACAGAGGCAGUGAGAGCAUAGGGGUGACCAAAAAUGGGCUUAAAGGGGUGUUUGGGG